AUGAUUUGCAGCAGGGCAAUGAUACCUCCCGUAUUUGGAAUGUGUCACUGCCGGCAGCAUCACGGACUACCCGGUAUUCUCGACAUUUCGAAGCGGGCUAUUCUAGCAUUAUCAUCACAUCGUGACAACUUGUACCAACUCGAAAUCUAUCCCCUCAGCUCAGAACGUCAAUCAAGGCCCAGCUUGCUCUCUUAUUUUAUUAAGCUAACUCUUAAUAACUAUAAACUAUAG